ACUGAUAAGUGUAUAAUUUUGUGUCGCAAAUCAGCUUAAAACUGGCAUAAUUUAACUUAAUUUGAACGGGUUUUUUUUGCAACAUAUUUCAUCUUCGAGGACAAGUUGUCGUGAUGAAACAGAUGGAUAGAGAUGAGCUUAUAGAGCGUGAACUUGACAACAGAAUAUGUCUGCAUAUUCUUGCAAUUAUUGCGAUUGUUUUCUCUUCAGUGUUUGUUAUAAUAACGACCUUGGCGGUUUUAAACAUUCGUGACAUAGAUGCAAAUGAUGCUGAAGUCAGACUACAGAUUGAAAGGUUACAGGAAAAGCUGCGCACUUUCAAAUUGAAGCAACAACAGUUGGCCGAUAGUGCUGGCGACAUGAUCAAUGAAAUGGCGCAGCUUGUAGAAAAUGGUGCCGUGACCAGGAUGGAACAACCAUCGGAUAAAAACGAUGAAAGUGAAAAAACAUCAAACACAGAGAAAGACAGAAAUCGUAGUAAAAGACAGAAUAUUGACAUUUUCGGGGCAAUUCUUGAAGCUCAGAGAGUUGUGUUUGAACGACACUGUGUAAGCCAUGACACUCCAUGUCCAAAGGGUCAUCAAGGUGACAAAGGCAUAAAUGGGGACACUGGUGUGAAUGGAGUUGACGGAACAAAUGGGGUCAAUGGAACAGACGGUCUGCAAGGAGAUGCAGGACUUAUUGGUCCUCCAGGGGAGAAUGGAACCCAAGGUUUGCAAGGAGACAAAGGCAUGUAUGGAACAAAUGGUAUAAUUGGAGAUACAGGUGUUUGGGGCGAAAAUGGGAUUCCUGGUACAAAUGGCUCGGCCGGCCCACAAGGCGGCAAGGGUGAACCCGGAGGUAAAGGUCUUAUCGGCGAUACUGGGUUUUGGGGCGGAAAUGGCACACAGGGUGUAAAUGGAACUAAGGGAGCCCCGGGUGAACCCGGCUUACAGGGAAUAAAUGGAACCAUAGGGGAUAUUGGUCCCCGAGGUCAAGAUGUAAGGAAAUUCGCUGACGGUUGCCAAUGCUUUAAGAAACCAACAUUUCUUAACCCAAAUGACCAAACGAUAACUGUCAGUACUACCGGUCACGUGGUAAUACCGUGUUCAGGAGAAGGAAACCCCACUCCGACAGUAACGCUAAACAUGCUUCCUAAAAAAGGCCGUAAACGUGCUAUCAAUAAAUCAGGCAAUGCGUUUACCCUAGACAACCCAGUCGACACGGACUAUGGGCGGUAUGUGUGUACAGCAACUAACCAGUAUGGCUCGGCGUCAAAGAUCGUCACAGUCAGCAAGCCCUGAUUUGCCAGAUUCAUGUUGAUACUUGCUACAGGCAUGUUUGAUUAAAACAUAUAACAG